GCGAAUCAUCGACCUCAAUUAAAGAUUUCUCCACUGGGAUUCUUUGGAUUCUUAUUCCAGUGAAUUUUUCCGUAAAGAAGUUAUAAUGACUGAAAAUGUGUUCUUGUUUGUUCCCAAUUUGAUUGGGUAUGCUCGUAUAAUCUUUGCGUUUGUUUCCUUCAACUACAUGGCUGACAGACCCAUCCUAUUUUUUGUUUUCUACAUGAUAAGUUUCCUGUUGGACGAAUUUGAUGGUCAUUUUGCAAGACUUUUAGGACAGACUUCAAAGUUUGGAGCCAUGUUAGAUAUGCUGACUGACAGAUGUGCGAGUGCUUGUCUAAUUUUGAUGCUCAGUAACUUUUACCCAACUUAUCGUGUUGUGUUUCAAUUUCUUAUCUCACUGGACAUCAGCAGUCACUGGUUGCACAUGUAUAGUUCACUUAUCAAAGGAGAUCAAACUCAUAAAAAAUCGUCAAAUUUCAUUCUCAAGCUGUAUUAUAUAUCAAGGCCUUUCUUGUUCUUCAUGUGUGCUGGGAAUGAACUUUUCCUUUUGCUCUUAUACCUCUUACACUUUUCUAAUGGACCAAAAGUUUUCGAAAUAAACGCAACACCAAUUGGUUUGUGGUCAUUGUUGGCGUACAUUAACUUUCCUAUAUUUUUUGUCAAACAAUUGGUAAGUGUGGUGCAAUUAGUUACUGCUGCACAAGACAUCGUCGCUUACGAUGUGGCGCAACGAAGGAAGUCGAGCAGUUGACUAGAAGAGGAAGAAUUGUCAUUUUGAUAUUUUAGAGUUUUUGACUCGCGACCAGAACGAGAACGACUUUCGAAUGAGAAAAAGUCUUUUCACUUGCAUUACUAGAAUUUUUAUGAGUUGUCUUUAAAACUACUCAAGCAAAAAAUGAUGGAAUCUCUUUAAUAAUAGCAAUAGCCAUUCUCUCUCAUUUUUUAUUAGAAUAUAACAUUCCCGUCUGUAGUUAGUAAUAAACAAAUGUGCAAUGUUUUGACGCAACUAUUUACAAAAAAUAUAUUGUUUAUGCCAGUGA